UACUACUUGCUUAAAUCCUCCAACGUCGUGCUGUUGAUAGCCAUGGCAGAGGAAACCCCCAUGUUCGACCCAUCGCUGAAGAAGCGUAAAAAGAAGACAGUGCAGUUUACAGUCGAUCCGCUUGGAGCAGAUGCCGAUCCGACCGCCCCCGCGCCAGAAACGAUAGAGUCAACGACUACCGAUGGCACAGUCGUUGAUCUUGGACCAACUACAAGCCACGAGAGGAUGAAGGAGACGAAGCCCGCAGAGGAGGAAGAUCUGAAGGCCAUGUUUGGAGACCUGAAGAAAAAGAAAAAGAAGAAGGAAAUCCCGCUCGAUCUUGGUGAUGACUCUGGCACCUCGACGCCUGUACCAGCCGCCGAUGCUGGCCCAUCGGGGGACGCGGUCGAAGAUUUGGAUUUCUCUGAUCUGAAGAAGAAAAAGAAAUCGAAAAAGAAGGCAAACCUGGACAUGGAGGCGUUUGAGAAAGAGCUCAAGGCUACUGCUGUGGAUGCUGAUGCGGAUGAUGACGCAGAGCCUACACCAGCGGUCGAUUUGGAUGAUGAUGCUGAUCUCGGAGACGAUCCGUUUGCCCAGCCUGCUGGCGACAUCGCGGCCAAUGUUGGGUCAGGAAACGAGGCGUGGCUGAAGAGUGACAGAGACUACACCUAUCCCGAGCUCUUGGGCCGAUUCUACGAAUUGCUCCAUCAAGCCAACCCCGCGCUGCUCUCUUCCUCCAAGCGUUACACUAUUGCGCCCCCGUCUAUUCACCGUGAAGGAACCAAGAAGACGAUAUUUGCCAACGUCACUGAUAUCUGCAAGAGGAUGCACAGACAGCCCGAACACGUUAUCCAGUUCCUUUUCUCUGAAAUGGGUACCACCGGCUCCGUCGACGGCAACGGCCAGCUGGUUAUCAAGGGUCGUUUCCAACAGAAACAAGUCGAGAACGUUUUGCGGCGAUAUAUUGUGGAAUACGUGACCUGCAAAACAUGCAAGUCCCCCGACACACUGCUGACCAAGGAGAACCGUAUCUUCUUCAUGGCCUGUGAAUCGUGCGGCAGUCGUCGUAGUGUAAACGCCAUCAAGAGUGGAUUCCAAGCCCAGGUUGGCAAGCGGAGUCGUAACAAGACAGGAUAG